AGUUCGCUAUGCUACAUUCUCUCAUUCGUGGUGCAAAAGUCGAACAGGAGUGACAGUCAGCGCUGUUGCUGCGGUCGUCUUCGUCGUGUUAGUCGUCGUCGUGUCGUCUGUCGGAUUGAUUUUGCGAAAAAAAUCGUUUGAAACUCGUUCGAAAGUGCUUUUGUCGUCAUUUGACGGCAAGCUGCAAUGGAAGGGCGUUGAAUUGUGAGAAAAUCAAAUGAAAUUCGGUGCAUUUUAAUGGUGAAAAAUAGAAAACACGAUCUGUGCUGAUUUCAAGCAAGCGGAAGAAUAGAAAGAAGAAUGUUUUCCAGUCGGAGCUGUGAGGUGUAAAGUUAUUUCUCCAAACGCACACCGUUGCGAUUCCGGAGCUGAAGAUCGUGCGAAGGUUUUUGGGCGCUGCACACGCGCUGGUGUGUGUCACGGCGACUCACCUGUCAACCACUACUUUACCAACACACCACAAUAAUAAUAAACAGUAAACAACAACAACCACCGACUGCUGCCGCUUGCGAAGCUCGACUCAUCGUUCUUUGCUGGCUGUCAUAAAGUAGGCGAGUAGAUUAUUGAAGCCGAGUUGCAUUUGCAGCGGAUGAAUGAAUGAAAUUUCUCCAGUUCGGCGCACGUGUUUUGACUAGGCUGAUGGGGAAGCGCUACUGACCGAAAGGCGUGAAUUAAUCCUGACUCUUCCCGGUGCGGCAUCGUCGUCGUCGUCGUCGUCGUCGUCGUCGCAGUCGUGCGUGAUUGGCACUUCAUUAAUUCUAAGUGAGUGAAGAAAAGCAGUAGUGCUGAGGCAACCGCCGUGCGAGCGUGAAAUGUUUUCCUACGACCCAACGUCGAAAGUGGAAACUGCGCGCCGCCGUCGGUGAGAAGGAAAGCAAAAGUAUGUGAUGAGUGAAGAGCAGGGAAAAAGUGUUCGCAUUUUCAACCUACAUUAAGGUAAAUGGAAGCAAAGCUUAGGUGGUAAUCCUGUUGGGGUGGUAAAACUGUGAUGCAAUCAACAACGGUGGUGAAAGGAAGCGCAGCUUACAGGCACAAAGCCAGGAUUAUCUGUGUUGUUGCGAGAGAAGUGUUGAUAGGUUAUGGGAUCGUGCGAUGAAGAGGAUCGAUUGAUUGAUUCUGGAAAGAGUGAGUGAGAAGGAAGCAGUCAGCCACUACACAGAGAGCAAGAUGCAUGAUUUAUUUACGACGGUUUUGUCAAAGCGAGAUUUGUCGCGAGCCGGAGAGCUGUUUUCGGUAGCGGAUGUGGAGAUUGCCAACGAUCUGAGUGAAGUGCUUCAGGAAAUAUCUUCCAUCAUCAGCCACGAGGACUACCUGCAGAACAGCAAUGAUCAAUCGGUGAUCGAAAUCUGUAUCAACCGUGUCACGUCAUGCAUCAAAAAGACCAACACCAUCGAAAAGCACUGCGCCGGGCUGGUGGGCCUGUUGGAGACCUGUCUCAAGUACAACCUGCAACCGUCCAGCAAGGAGGCGGAUCCACCCCAUGCCAAGAUUUCCUCAGAUAUCAUUUCCAGUAUUUUUCUUAAUUACAACAAAAAGCACGUGAUGGAAGUAACACUGCCCGUAGCCGUUAAAUUCCUGAACAAAGGAAACUUGGAACUGUCCCGGAACCUGGCAAGCUAUCUCUCGUCGGCAGCCAUCGAGUAUUCCUAUCUUCUCUCGCCCCACGUCAAGCUCAUUCUAGAAUCCCUACUAAACGAAAACUACGGCCUAUGUCACGUUCUCUCGCAAAUCUACGAUGCUGCUCCGGAACCGAUCAAUGCCGAAGCUAAGCGGUUCGUCGAAAUCAUUCCAAAAUGUGAACUCCAAGAGCAGAUUGUGAUCCUACAACUGUUGGUAGCGAUUGCCAAGAGUAAACCCUCCUCCCUGCUAGAAAGCAUUCCACAGCUUAUCGAUCUAGCCCAGAAACCUUGCAUUUCUACUGCGGUUAUGUUGGUGAUUCUAAAACUGGCCGAAUACAAACCGAUCAAAAUGAGUGAAUACACCGACUCGGUGAAGAAUGUUGCCCUGGUGGUACCACAAACGGUUGGAUUUGCAGCGCAAAUCUUAUCAGCGAUAGGUAAAUCGAGCAAAGACCGAGCGCAGGUCGCUUUAGACUUUGUGUUGGAGUACCUCCCUAAGGCGGAUCGUGCUUUGCAAACGAUCCUACUGAACGAAGCGACCAAGCUCUGUACCAAGUAUCCGGUUUUGUUUACCGACAAGGUCACUUCGGUGGUACGGCAACGACAACUGAACAAUAGCAAUCAAAUCAAACAGACUCCCGGCGGAGUUACCAUAGUCAAUCUGAACUCUUCCGCGACGCUGCCGGUAACGGCAGUGGCAUCGGCUACAACACCACCGGUGACACUGGAUAGUCGCUCGAUAAUUUCCAAAACACCAAACGUGGCCGUCAUUGGCAAUAGUAGUGCCACGACUGCCAUCACUACAAUCAUCAAUACAUCGAAUGGAACGACUACGACUUCCACCAUCCAUCCAGCUCUGCUGACAAACUUCAUGAACUCUGCCAAUGGGAUACCGGCUGUCGUGAAUGGAGGGCCCAUGGUACCGCCAACGCCACCGCAUACCGGCUACACACGUCGGGCGAAACUGGGCGAUUCUCGAAGUACGGGGCGGUUACAUUCCGGAGGUGGUGGUAACAAGAGCAUGACUCGGUUAAACAUUGCCGGAGGAUCGGUGGGAGGUUUGCACAAAUCGAUGACCAGACUCAGUUCGUCGCAGCUGCUCGGGCAGUAUAAUGGAGAUGAAUCCGGUAAACCACACCAUGGUCCCGGUACGGGUGCCGUGAGCACUGCAGCCAGUGGCAUCAGCGGAGGCGGCGGAAUCGAUGGAAGCAGCGCUGGCGGUGGUUCCAACUCAAAUAGCAACAUCCUCAAUAGUCAUUCCAGUGGCAACGUGGCAAUUGCCUUCGCCAACAAAAACAAUAGCGUGCAGAACUUUACGUCACCGAUUCCUCCACCGUUGAGUCAGCACGUGAUGAUAACCGGCGAGAACAAGUGGGGCAUUCCGCAGACUAAGAUCACUUCUGGAGGAGUGACGGUGACGACAUCGCCGACCCGAGUGCAGCGACCGUACUCACAAGGUCCCAACACUCUGAUGGGAUCAGCGGGAGCCCUUGGGAAAAACUCGUUGGGUGGGCUGAACCAGUCGACCGGUUCGAUUGGGAUGGUCCAAGUGCAUCACGCUUCUCCGGCCUCGCCGACCAUGUUCAACAAUCAUUCCCAGCAGACAUCACCGCAGCUGACGACACUGUCGCUCAAUUCAAACGAAGAUGGUAGCAAUCAGGUGAGCGUAUCCGGCCCGGCAACAGUUACAUCGCGGCGGAACGAUAACCGUAGUGUAACUUUGUUGAAUGCUAGCAGUACGGUUAAUCAGAGAAUGAGUGUGUUCGAGCCGUAUCCCAUGCGGGAUACGAUUCAACAUUUCUGCGAGAAGCAUCUGGAUAAGAUUAAAGCUUUUACCGAGAGCGUUGCCCAGAGAUUACCUCCGCCGGCCAAGUGUAUUAUCGAGGAGCGGCGAGCCAAGAAAAUGGCCAAGUUGCACUUUGCAUGUCAGGUUAGAGGCCCGCAUUGUCUAUAUUCGAGAACUAUGUUUACCAUGAGAACACGAAAUCCAAGGACGUGGAUCCAUUUGAUGUUUCUGGACCUGCAAGCACGAGCCCCACAGAAUGCGCUCAGUAGUUGGGACCCGAGUGUGAGUCGACUGAAGCAUUGCUGGGAUACGUUGAAAUGUGAGAACAAGACCUUUAUAACGCUAGUCACCAGUGCAUUUCCCAAUGUCAAGGAACAGGAAGCACUAAUCAACGAGUUGCGAAAUGCUGGUUUCUUUGAUGUUUUUGAACUUGGAGCGGCCAGCACGCCAGAGGGUGCCAGCAGCGAGGAUUUGCAGUUCCAGUGGGGCUGCUUCUUGUGCAAUCAUCCGGAGAAGGCAAUGGACUUCCUACAUGGUAAUACGCAACCGGUAAUAGAAGGGCAACUCAAAGAGAAGAAAGGGAAAUGGCGACUGUUCCGUCGGUGGCGCACCCGAUACUUCACGCUCUCAGGUGCACAUCUAUCGUGCAAAGGAUCGACUGGUGGCGAAAGUAUCGACGUCAACCAGAUCCGCUCGGUCAAAGUGUCUCGUGGAGCGCGAAACAUUCCCAAGGCGUUUGAAAUUUUCACCGGCGAUCAAACGUUGAUUCUGAAACCCAAGGACGGGAACAAGGCUGAGGAAUGGGUUCAAUGUCUGAGCAUUGUGCUGGCACACUCACAGGCACGCGAUAGUCCAACGACUCGUACCAAUAGCCUUCCCGCUCGCAGCCUCGGCAACAGUCGAACCGUAUUUUAAGAUACAAAUCACACACACAUACACUCACUCACAUGCAUAACACGUACCUAGAUGUACUUAAGCACACACUCGGAGAUCAUGAAAAGACUUGAGAUGAAAAGUAAUAUGAGAGAAAUAUCAUGUACUUAAUGCCAACAUUUCCUUCCAUAAUUUACCUUUAAUGUUAUACAGUAUAGGAGAGUAGGGAAGCAACCGAGUUGCUAACUCAAUUUAACGACAAUCGUGAAUUAGCUGUAUUUUAACUAGCCAAGUAAGAAACAAAAGCAAGCCAAGCAACUGAAUGUGUCAAUUGAAAAUUGAUUUCAACAAACUGACGACUAAAUUAUUUGAGAGAUGUCUUUCCAAUCAAAUCUUUUUAUAUUGUUAUACCCUUUAUUAAGGAACGAACAUAGUUAACUCGAGGUCUAUUUAUUGCCAAUUUGUCCUGAAAAUGUGUACUUACCGAACAGAAAGAUAUUCGUUCUAAAACCUGCCGCGUGCCGCCCUACCGGUCUCUAUUGACUAAUGUUUAAGCAAAAACAAAAUGCAAAACAAGACAGAGAAUAUAA